AUGGAGUAUCUUUUUACUCUUUUGCAGGUGGUAAUAGCCAUCAUCAGUUUUUCUAGGACUAAUGAGAUCUGUAGCCUCCAAGGAGAGUAUGUAUACCCACAACUUUCAAAGGAAGGUGAUAUCACAAUUGGAGGGAUUUUUCCAUUUCAUAGCAGUUGGGAAAUACCAGACUUGGCCUAUUUGGUCAAGCCACAUCCACCGGAAUGCAGGAGUCUUGAUUUCAGGGGCUUCCAGUAUUCUCAGUCCUUGAUUUUUGCAACAGAGGAGAUAAACAACAAUUCCUCAUUACUGCCUGGAGUCUUGCUAGGUUACAAGAUCUAUGACACCUGCACAUAUACAGCAAUGACAGUUAGAACAGUCAUGGCACUUGUUAAUGGACAUGAGAAAACUGUUUUGGAUGAGCCCUGCACAAAGCCAGCCCAGGUGCUAUCCAUAAUCGGUGACACAUACUCAUCACCCUCCAUGGCUAUAGCAAGUAGUAUUGGACCUUUCAGGAUUCCCAUGAUCAGUCACUAUGCCACCUGCAACUGUCUAAGUGACAAAAGGAAAUACCCGUCAUUUCUGCGCACUAUUCCCAGUGAUUACCACCAGAGCAGAGCACUGGCAGAAAUGGUCAAGCAUUUUGGCUGGACAUGGGUCGGAGCGAUAAGGAGAGAUGAUGACUAUGGUAACAGUGGGAUGGCUGCAUUUACUGAAGCUGCAGAACAGCUGGGCAUUUGUUUAGAAUAUUCCCUUCCAUUCUUUAGAACCUACUCACAGGAAAAAGUGCUGAGAAUAAUUCAGCAGAUCAAAAGCUCUACUUCUAAAGUAAUUGUAGGAUUUCUGGACGACAUGGAUUUGGAGAUUUUGCUUCGUGUGUUUUCUGAACACAACAUAACUGGAUAUCAGUGGGUGGGAACUGAGGCAUGGAUUUUUGAUCCAGUAUUGGCUGCACUGGAUAAACACAAAAUAUUGCAGGGAGCCAUAGGGCUGGCUAUCCCCAAAACAACAGUGACAGGUCUGGAGGACUUCAUUCUGGAUAUAACCCCACUGAAAUCUGCUGGCCGUGAAAUUUUCCCUAAAUUUUGGGAGGCUCUGUUUCAGUGUAAAUAUACGAUACAGAAUGACUCUGAGACUAUAACAGUGUGCACAGGUGAAGAGAAACUGUCAGAGAUCAAAAACACAUUUACAGACAUGUCCCCGAUGCCAAUUUUCAGUAAUGUGUAUAAAGCAGUAUAUGCUGUUGCCCAUACCCUACACGACCUUCUUGGCUGCACGCAAACAUGUCCUACAAAGAAGCAGCCUGAUCCUUUCACAUUUCUGGAACAUCUCAAAAGGGUGCGUUUUAAAACCAAAGAUGGUGAAGAAGUUUAUUUUGAUAAAAAUGGUGAUCCUCCAGCAAAGUAUGAUAUAAUAAACUGGCAGACAAGUGAAGAACAUCAACACAAAUUUGUCACUGUAGGUUUGUAUGAUUCUUCUUUUCCUGCUCACAAUCGAUUAGCAGUAAACAUGGCCUCUAUUGUGUGGGCACAAAAUAAUAAUCAGGUGCCGGUGUCUGUGUGCAGUGAGAGCUGCCCUCCAGGAACCAGGAAGGCUGUGCAGAAAGGAAAGCCAAUCUGCUGUUUUGACUGUAUACCAUGUGCUGAAGGAGAGAUCAGUAAUAUGACAGAUUCAAUUAAAUGUGAACAAUGCAAUCAAGAUUACUGGUCAAAUCCAUACAGGGACAAAUGUGUAAAAAAGGAAAUUGAAUUCUUGUCCUAUGAGGAACCUAUGGGAAUUUUGUUGACUGCUGUUUCUAAUUUUGGUGCAUUCUUAACAAUAACAAUAGCAAUUAUAUUCUUUAGAUAUAAAAAUACCCCAAUAGUCAAAGCAAAUAACUCAGAGCUGAGCUUCCUGCUGCUCUUCUCAUUGGCUCUGUGUUUUCUCUGUUCACUUACUUUCAUCGGUCAGGCCUCUGAGUGGUCCUGUAUGCUGCGUCACACAGCGUUUGGGAUCACCUUCGUCCUCUGCAUCUCCUGUGUUCUGGGGAAAACAAUAGUGGUGUUAAUGGCCUUCAGAGCUACACUUCCAGGCAGUAAUGCUAUGAAAUGGUUUGGGCCUCCACAGCAGAGGCUCAGUGUUGUUGCUUUCACUCUCAUACAAGUCCUUAUCUGUGUUAUUUGGUUAACAACAUCUCCUCCUUUUCCCUUAAAAAAUCUGAAGCUUUACAAGGAAAAGAUCAUUCUAGAAUGUCAGUUAGGUUCAGCAGUAGGUUUCUGGGCUGUGCUGGGUUAUAUAGGGCUCUUGGCUGUUCUAUGUUUUGUUUUGGCUUUUCUAGCACGGAAGCUGCCUGAUAAUUUUAAUGAGGCCAAGUUCAUCACAUUCAGCAUGCUCAUAUUCUGUGCAGUUUGGAUCACUUUUAUCCCAGCUUAUGUCAGCUCUCCUGGAAAGUUCACUGUGGCUGUGGAGAUAUUUGCUAUUCUGGCCUCAAGCUUUGGUUUGUUAUUCUGUAUCUUUCUUCCAAAGUGUUAUAUAAUCAUACUGAAACCAGAAAAGAACACCAAAAAACAAAUUAUGGGAAAAGUACCAGUUAAGUGA